ACAGGACUGCAUGUCGCAUGUCGCAAGGGGCAGUGCGAGAUUGUUGCUGCCAUGCUCAGCAACAAGGGGGUGAAGGUAAACGCGCAGGAUGGCCAUGGCUUCACUCCCCUUCAUGUCGCUGCUGUCCAUGGCGACGUCGCCAUCUGCUCCCUCCUUCUCGAGCAUGGCGCGUUAGCCAACGUGUGCACUGAUGAUGGACUCGUCGCUUCUCAU